CUCGAGAUUUCUCCUAGCGAGAGUAUCGAAUGAACGUAGCGUGCACGCGCCGUAGCUGAAAAACGUAAGCUUGGAUACUACGUCUGUGCUAGUACGUGCUCCGUACACGAAAGUUAUUCACACACGCUAUUCAUCGGCUUGUGCUCCUCCAUUACGUACAUAACGUGAAACGUAAAACGCUACAUACUAGUCUGUACGUGUGUCGUGCAGGUGUAUAUAAGCAGAGUUGCGCACGUCGUACAUGAACACCAAAACAUCAUUUUGAUUCCGAGGUGAUUUCUUGGUAAAAUAGGCGAAUAUAAAACGAUUAGUGUCUAUUUCUUGGUGGAUUGGUAGGGUAAUCGACGUUAGUUAAAAGACAAGUGAUUCGUGGAUAUCGAGAACAACCGGUAAAUAAGAUUUUGGACGAGAGAUCAAAGCAAUCGAGGAAAGGGCGAAUUUGAGUGCCACUGCACAAGCGCGAAUAAGACAGAGAGACUCAAAGAAGGUUAGAGUGAGAUAGCGAUAGGACGCUAGGUACGGUGCUACGGUGGUAGUGAAUGGAACGCGGCCCCCACGGGUGAGCGUAGUACGACGCUCCACGGGCUAGCGUUGCACCAAUGACCAGCCGGGACGGGCGAUCACGUGACGUGCGUGCCGAGGCAGCAGCAGAACAUUGCAAAUGACAAGACGCGUAGGGCAUUGUCGUCGCGCCGCCGCUACCACCGCUCCUGUCGUAGUUGCUAGUGAAUUCGUCGCGCCAUUGUCGUCGUUGCUGCUACUAUCGUUGAUGAGAUCUCGCCCGCCACCGAUUAGUCGAAGAUUGUAAAACGAUCCUGAAAAUCUGUCUUCGGUACUGUCGGCACUACCGCUGCUGUCGCCGCGUGUGCGCGACAAAGUCGCGGGUGCUCGGAGGCCUCGUGCCCUGAACGGUGCCCGCGGCGCCCCGUCCUUAGCAGAACAUAUUCGAAAUACAGUGUACCAUCAGAUAUACCAGCAUCGACGGCCUGAGUGCCAGCUGCCUAUAUGACAAAAUGUCGGGAUCACAGCGAAUGCGAAAGUCCUCGCCAUGCUCGACAUCAAAGCAAGGCCCAAUGCGCGCGACUCUACCCGUAAGCUCGCUGCUACGACAAGGCCGGCAAGGCAGCAGUCUCAGGAAGAGCAACAGCAACAGUCCCACUGUAUCGCCAACAAACGCGAGUGCGUGGCGGGCCCGCAUCUCGCCGGAGACUUCUUCCUCGGGACAACGAAGCCCCGGUUCCCUCUCUUACAAAGCAAAAUCAAAAACAUUAAGUGGAAGAUGCAGCGAAAGUUUAAGUGGAAACCAAAAUAUUCGAAGGACAGCAUCAUUAGAUACAAUCUAUUUGAAAGGACAAUGGCCUCGUGAUUCGUAUUACAUUCAUUCUAGUCUUCUAUUGGUUGAUAAAUCUACACAGACAGAAGAAUGGUCCAAUGAACCAAGAAAAUUACACACCCGUCAUCCUACAGAACAAACUACUACAGAUGAAAAAUUAGAAAAGUAUUUCAGGCAUCGGUUGCAACGUUCAGGUAAGGAAGGUACCAGCAGUAGAGAACGAACAGCAGCAUUUGGACUUAUAAUGCCAGGUGGACCACCACCAGCUUUUCCUGCAGAUCACACAGUUUUACCCAGUAUUGCUUCACAAACGUCUAUACACAAUCAAUUUGGUUUGAGUACAAAGGCAAGUCCUAUGAAUAUCCCUGUGAAACCAAUGAGGCCUCCAAUGCGUUCUUCUAUUGAAGGAUUAAAUCAGGAAAUUGAAGGAUUGGUUCUCAAAUCUGCAGCUAACCCUAGUGACCCUGAUCAUCCAGUGGAAGACAAAUAUGCACGGUAUCGUGAACAAAUUACACCGGAAGGUCAUCGUGCGCCAUUAGCAGACCUACUGAGGGCUACUCGUAGUGUGAACACACAAACGCCAGCUACUGACCUUCCCUCCAGUUCUUAUUCUUCAGGCCCUCCAUCUAGGAAUUCUGAGUCUCCGCUGAUUCCUGGUCUUAUGGAUGCGUCCCGUCCGCCUAGCGAUCUCUUACAAGGUGGAAGUCGUGGCUCAACCCCCGAACAAGAUAGAGAAGGGCGUCUUGGCACCUCUCCUCACAUUAAUAGGUUCCUUGCAAGAGAACCACCUGAUGGCUGUGAGAAAGUCAAUCUUAAAUUUGUAGAAGAUGCCAGGCGACCCAUGAUAGACUUGAGCAAACUAGACUAUUGCCCAAAGCCGUGUGUAGCAUUCCAGUUAAAACCUAGCUUGGGAUCAGCGUUCCUGCCAUUACAACAGCCAGCCAGUCCAACAAUGGUUGCCAGUGCAUCACCCUCUUCGCAUACAACACCAACUACACCUCCUCCAAACCCAUAGUCCUGCUCUUUACCUUACAGAAUAAUGUUCACAAACCCAAUUGGUAUAUAUAUAUUUUUUUUGAAUGACCUCAUGGGUAGAAAGUGGUUUACUUUGAUAUGAAAGCAUAUACCAACAAAGAAAAGUUACCGAAAAAGCAGCCUGUUUUCAGUGCGACCCAACGUUCGGGCAUCGUGAAUGUGUAAUUAAAAAGUUAUAAUUGCAUUGAUACAAAAUAUUGAAAGCAUCUGAGCUCCGUUAAUGUUUCAAACCAUAAUAAAUACGAGGAACAAUAAUUUGUGAUAACUAAAAAAACGACAUUUAGGAAUGAACAUUGUGUUCUACAGGGAGAAAGACUAAUAAAAAUUGUGUAUUCUAAAUUUAGUGCUAAAAUGUGCUAAACAACUUUAGUUUUGUAUACAGGGAUAAAUAUUCAAAUGUCAGAGUAUUAAAUUUGAUUGUUGGAAAAAGCAAAAUUAUACAGAUACAAAAUGGGUACAUGUGCCUGGAUAUGUACAUCGGUACCCCUUUAUAAAUUUUUCAUUAGAUCUUUCACUGAAAUUAUUCAAUUGCAUACUGGAACGAAACACUUGUUAGAAUUUUGUAUUGUUUUGUAUUAUUACCUAUAUGCUGAAAAUAUUGAAAUUAUUAUUAUCUGAGGAGCUCGAAAAUAGUGUGUCCCUAUGGUACAUUAUUUUUUAGAAUUAUAUUCUCUUAGAAUUAUUCACGUACAUUCUUUAAUCCUUUUUUUUAAGGUCGCGUAUGUAAGAUAAAGACGUAAAUUAAUUGUCAUGAUAGUUUAUUUUGUAUUACGUGUACAAAUGUGCACUUUUGCAUAGCUUCUUUUUAUAGUAAUGUUUCUUAGAUGAUAAGUUUUUAUUUUGAAAGUAAAACAAGAACUUUGUUCAAGUAUAGUGUUCAGUGUCAUAAAGCAACUUAUGGAAGUUCAGUUAAUUGCAAGAGUAUAUUCUGUUGUUUAAUAACUAAAUUACCAUAGGGCUGCAAAAUUUUUGGUUUAAUUUGUGUUAUGUUAGUUUACUAUCUGAAUAUGUACAACCAAUACAGCAUGCAAUGACAGGUUGACGGAUGUAUGAUAGAAUGAACCUAAUGAUAUAAGGUGGAAAUAUAAUGAAUAAAAAUAUGGCGAGUGCUAAAAUUAAACAUUGAUUAAAGUAACAAAUAACGACAUGUGCUUUAGCCAGUAUGGUAUCAGAUGUGCAUACACCUGGCUCCCUAACUUGGCACAGUAUGGGUGUGCGUGUAGGGUUUUGUAUAAACGUGGAUCAUAGUAAAGAAAUUUAUAAUCUGCGUUCUAUACAAAUAACAGUAUGCAUGUGUUGUAAUAUCAGAAUCCUGAUUAAGCCAUCCACGAAUAACGCUAAGGCUUAUGGUAUUAUCGAAGUACGUAUUGUAUGAAUAUUAUAAGUAUUUGGAGUACUCUGAAAUUUAAUUGUUUAAAUUUGUAGUAGUAUUUGUGUGUGUGUGUAUACUUUAAAUAUAUUUUUAAUAAUUAGCAGUUAUUCGUUUCUCUAUUAAAUGUUUUUACAAUAAGAAUAAUCAAAGGAAUAUCAAAUAUUGUUAAAAAUAUCUUUGUAUAACAAACUAUUCACUCUAUAUAAAGAAAAAAUUUUGUAAGAGUUAUUCGUGUGAUGGCUUAACUUAUUAUUUAGUAUAUGCAGACAUAGCCACUCAAGAAGUUCAAUUUAUUUUUUGCUUUCUAAUACAGAACGUUUUGCAAACGAUUUUAUAGUUAUGGUCUGAGGAAUAAGGAUCUUAAUAAAAUGUAAGAUCAAGAGCAGGGAAGAACAGUUUUUUAAAUACAAUAGUAAUAUACUUUCUAAUAUUAUAUUGUAUCUAGCUACAACAGUGAAAAAUGUUAACACAUAAAGUACCUGGCACACUGGUCUAUGCUCUCUUUUAUCCAGCUCACUAGAAAGUUCAUGCCUUAGAAUGCGUGGCAAAGUGUGCUAAAUAGACAGGAAGGUUAAUGAGAGAGUCAGGAUAUAUACAAGAUGCACUGGCUAGUUAACAAGUAUACAAUACAAAACUAAUCUGCUAUCUACUAGCUUAAGAAGAUUUUCUUUUAUUUAUUUUCGCUAUGGACCUAAAUGACAUCUAUCCCAUUGCUGUAAGAAUACAUGAAUGUAAACGUUAAGUUUGCAGGCGCUCUAAAAAAGGGAGACAAAAUUUAUCGACCGCGUAUUUCAUCUGUUGGUAUUUUCACUUAAACGGGGGAGAAGAAAAAAUGUUUUAAUAUAAACACAUUGUAUUAAUCAUAGUGAAUAAAAAGUUUCAUACUUUUACUAAUAAGCAGAAAAAGAAAUUACUUUAGAGAGAAGCUAGCCUUAUUAUUUUUGACUACACUCAUGAGGCUCCACUUUUUAACCUUCAUGUACUUGCAUAAUGUGUUAUCAUUAUUGUUAGCUUUUGUUGUCAAUUUCAUAAACAAAAGAAUGUGUGUAAAGACUGCUAAACUAAAGAUUACUUGUUAUUUGGAUAUACCUAAAUUUAAAGUUAAAUAAAAUUAGGCUCAAAUUUCUCCGAUUACCUAUGAAACAAUAUAGGUACUCUUUAAUUCGUUAACUAAACGAUCCUUAUGUGACUACUGUUCGGUACAUUCUCUUUACAUAUCUAAAUCUGAGCAGGCUUCAGAAUGGCAAAAUGAUUAUGUCAAUUACGAAUUUAUUUAUCCCUAGGACUGCCCAGGACGUAUCGUUGUAGUAUUUCGUACAAUAAAAAAGAACACAGAGAUUGUUAAACAUGAUUGUAAUUUGUAAGAUGCUCAGAAUUGUGUAAAUUUUUUAACGCGUAAAACUUGUAAAAAGAUAUGUACUUCGAGAAUUUUAUAUAUUUGGUAAAGUUAAAUGCAGCUUUUAUUCAUUGUUUUUUAAAUAAAUACGUAGAAUAUUAUUUAUCGUUUUUUAUUGAAAGCAGAGAAAUAUGAAACCUUCUUUAUGUAAUGUUUUCUUGUAAGAGUAUAUUUUCGUACAUACAACCUUAUAAAUGUUUACGAGAUUAUUUAGAAAAUUGUUAUAAAUUUUAUAUUUUAAAAAAUUAAAUUAUUUUACAUUUUAAAAUGUAUAAUUUUUUUUAUAAAGAUUCGUUAUAAACAUAGCUUCUUCUUUAAGCUCAGUUACACAAUGUUUCUUAGCGAAUGGAGUUAUAAAAUAAAGUUAUAUAUUGUGUAAAGAGUAUCUUACAGUGCAAGGCUAUAAACAUCUUAUUAGUAGUUCACAACGGUACAUCGAAAAUUAAUAAUUUAUACAUAAGGAUCUAUCCACCUUCUAGUCUGUCCUAGGGUUAAAUCAAAAUUAGUCAGCGAAGAGAGCUAGUGAAUGUAAAUAAUAAUUUAAAGCCGUUUACGAUGAAAUCUUUGUACGGAACGUAGUGACUAAGGCCAACGAAUUCUAUACUUUUCGUGCGUCUCGCGAAAGUUCGUUGAACGAAAAAAACUUGUGGAACAAUGCGAACUUUAAAAAAAUAUGUGUAUAAAAGAAAUUACCAUAAUACGAGCUGUCCAUAGUCAACAGAGAUUAGACUCCUUUUCCGAACAGCACAAUGCAAUUGUCAAAAUCAUAGUAAAUAUUAAUUUUAUAUAUAUAAUAUAAAAUUAAUAUAUAUAUAUAUAUAUAUAUAUAUAUAUAUAUAUAUAUAUAUAUUAAUAUAUAUAUAUUAAUUUUACAUUUUUUUAUUAUAUUUCGAAAAUUUCGAAUUUAUUAAUUUUAUUUGAAAUUUUAUGCGUUUCAACAUCUUGUUUUCUAGUAAACACACAUGCAACACACAUAUUUUACAUUUUAUUACCAUUUUGUUCUUUAUUUGCUUGAAAUGUCAUUUAUCUCGACAAUAUAUUCUCUAAUUUAAACGAUAGAUAGUCACACACAUCUCUAUGAAUCGUAAAUUUAAUGAGUACUGUUUUCAAAUAAGUACCGCGUAUCAGUAUUGUAAAGUAUGUUAAUUUCUCGUGAUCGAGAUUUAUUUUUUCUUUAAUCUUGAUAAACCUUCAUGAAACGUUAUAUGUAUAAAUAAACUUAUAUUUUCUACGGAAUAAAAUACUCUUUAAGAGAUAAGUUAUUAUACACUGUAUUUUUCGUGCAGUAUCAAAUUUCAAAAUAUAAAAGCAAAUUAAAGUAUAAGAUUUAGUGCAUAAAAAAAUAUAUAUUACCUUAUUUUUGAAUAUUUUAUCAUAAUAAUGCAUUAUUUAUAUUUGAUAUUGAAAGUUUUAAUGAUUCAUAUGUUUACGAAUACUUUAAUUGCUUUCAACAGUAAUCUUUGUUUUUCCUUUCUUUUUUUAUAUUUCUGUUAAAGAAUUGUAUUUGUCCAUUAAAUUUAAGUAUCGAAUUUAUAUUCUUAUCGAAACGUUAAGAACUUAUUUAACGAAUAUAUUCGAUUAUUUUUUCUCUCCCUAUUGCAAGUCAGAAUAUUAUUAUAAUAUAUGAUAUCGACUUGAAAUGAAUGUGUCUGAUUUGUAAUCGAUUUUAUAAGUAAUGUAAUCAUGUACCAUUAUGUUACGAAACUUACUAUGAUUAUGAUGCUAUGAUUGCGAUGCGCUAUAAGUAUAGAUUCCAUAGAUUCGUUUGAAGCGUAUGUAAUUGCAAUUAAUACAUUGACUGCCAUGCAACAAUGUCUUACUUUUCGAUACAUUUCGUAUCGAAUUAAAUGUAAGCGGCUUCGAUCUUUAAAGCAGCAAAUGUCGAUUUAUCGAGAUUUGUCAUUUAUAUUGUUGCUUGCUCGAGCUACAAUAUAAAGCUCUUGCCGCAACGUCAUCGAAUGUAUUAUAAUAUAUAACAAUAAUAUACAGGUGUAUCGUUGGUUCCUUUGUAACGAAAAAAUACAUUAUGGUUCCACAAUCGGCAGUCAAGGUAUUAAUGAUGAUUAUAUUAAUGACUCGAUAAACUUUGCUAUUACAAGAAACUUUUAUAUCUCAAUAUGGAAAGGUAAAAAACAAUUCACUGUCUGUGUCGCUCAGUAUAAAUACUAAUUCACAUUACGAUUCAAAUUUCAUUGUUAUAACGUGUAUUUAUUAUUUGAUAAGAGUCACGUUCGAGGGACAAAAAAUUACGCCCGAAUAAGUUCUUCGAUGAUUGGUUCGUUGUAAAAAUUCUCUUAUCUUACCUCUCCAUAGUGAGACUCCUAUGCAACUUGUUAAACCUGUGAAUCUUAUAUGCGAUUAGUUGUAUUAUUUACCAGCAUAAUACUGUAUGUACUUGUUCCAAUAACAAUAUGCACUUUUAUUUUUAUCAUAAAGUAUAAAUGGAAAAAGUGUACCUUUUUAUAUUACUGUUAAGGCGCCUUACAUGAAUAAAAUUUUUAGAAAACGAGAUUAAA